AUGCUCCAAAAGUCGUUGGCCUCCAUCCCUGAAGCCAAGGAGGAGUACUUGGGCUCCUCGGUGAUUGAAAGAACCAGCCGUUUAAUUGGACUUUCUGACCUUGGUCCAGCUGAUCUCUGCAAUAUACACAAACAAGGGGUCAAUCUGAAAAAGCCUGAGUUCGGCACGUUUUUGUAUUUCACGGGAGUUGACACUUCAAAUUCAGCGUCGAUCGCUGCCCAUUUGCAGGGACUAGCCACGUUGAUGUCUUCCAAAGCCCAAUACUGGUUUGGCGAGAAAAAACACUUCAAGGUGCCAGAAUUGACAUACUGUACUUACAAUGCGUUUUCGAGAGUUGACAUGAGAGUGACUGUGCAUAUUCCAGGCAAAUUCCAAAGCUCAGUGGUGAACCAUGAAGGCAAGCUUAUCCAUGAGAAUUUAUCGGAGGAGGCCUUGGACAGAUUGUGGCUCGAAACGUUUGUGUGCUCUAUUGUCAGAUGUAUGCUUGACAGUGAAGAAGAUGAUACGAACAAGUUUGGAAGUUUGGUGGAAAUCCGUAGGGAAAACCCAUUUGAUCUUGGUGUUGUGUCUCAGGAACUUUUGGCCAACUUCGUGGCUGGUUUCGAGAAACUCUUCUGGGAGGGUCCUAAGUUGGGAUGUGGCGUAGACUUGCCUUCGCCGACGUUGAUUUCUAACUACCUCGUUGACGGUUUCCUCAAAUGUAUUGAAUUGACCCAGAGCUUCGACAUGGCAUUAGACGUGUUGAAAAGACUAGAGGAGAAGGAACCUUCUGUCGCAACUUUGAUUGCUAAGUUGUUGCUUUUGAAAGAUGAGGAGGUCAAGGCCAUUCAAAUCAUGAAUGAUGCUAUUCAGAGAGACGAAAGAGACUCCGAGUUGUUACUCUUGCAGGCGCAGUUCCUUAUGGACAAACGCAGAUACGACUUGGCGCUUCACUUGGCCAGACAGGCUGUCAAGUCGUCUCCUUCUGAUUUCAAAACGUGGGCUUUGUUGGUGAAGGUAUACACAAAGCUCAACGACUUUGAAAAUGCUCUUUUAACGUUAAAUUCGUGUCCAAUGAACUCUCAUAAAGAUGUUUUCACUUUAAAAAGAAUUGUCGCUUUGAAAGGUGCUGGUGAAGAAUUGCACUUGCCUCUGCCGGUGGACGUUUUUUUGGAUGAGGUUUCCAACUUACAAAGUACCUCUGUUGCUGCGGAGCAAAGGAAUCUCGAUAGCCUGCUUGCACAUUUGCCUGCAGCAAACUUGAAGUCCACCUUCGCCAAAGCCUAUGAUCUUCUUACAGAGAUUGUCAUCAAGACUGGCUGGGAAGCGUUGUUGAAACAUCGUGCUAAAGUAUUUGUCAUGGAGGAAGAGUAUCGAAAAGAUAGAAGUAGCAAUAGUGCUGCUCACACAAGAACAACGUCUCAAGUAAAUGUUCCAGAGCAAGACGAUGAAAAUGCAUCUACUGAAGAAAACGACGGCUCCUCAACUAUGGCUGUAAAGCUGCCUAAGAAGGAGAUAAACGGAUCGACUGACAAUGAUAGCGUGCUAGAAAAUGAAUUCAGAAAGAAGAGACUUUGUGAGAGAUGGCUAGAUAAUUUAUUCAUGCUAUUAUAUGAGGACUUGAGAGUUUACACGAUGUGGCAAGCCGAAUAUGUGCACUUUCAGGCCCAGCAAAUGGAGUACAAGAAAACAACUUUAGAGUGGGAAAUUUUAGGCCUGAUUGCGUUCAGGCUCAAGCAUUACAAAGAAGGCUCUAUUGCAUUUUCUAAUGCCCUAUCCGGUCGGUUUUCGUCGAAGGCGCAGAGACAGAUGUUGAAGUACUAUGAAAUGGAGAGGAGCAAGAUCAUAUCCAAAAACUCCAACCCAGAGGCCCCAUCAUCUGGAGCACACAAUUACGCGAAGACGAUAAACCAAUUGAACGAGAAGAUUCUAGAGUGUUGCAUUAAGCUUUUGGUUUGGAACCACAGAUGGUAUAACGACUUUUCGCCCGAUUUAAUAUCUACUAUCUGCGACUUGAUCGCUAAAGAAGGCUUGAUCAAAAUCCAGUCGCUAGUUCAAGCUGUGUAUUCCAACAAUAUCAACCACAGCGAGGGAUUGGCAAACCAUGGUGUUACAGACAUGAUGGAUGAUAUUUUUAAAUUCUGCAAAGAGUAUAAUGUCAGUGGUGCUGACAAUUAG